UCCAGAUGAAUUCUGAUUCCUGUUCAACAAAAACCGUGUCAGCAGACGAUACAGAUUCUCCAUCUUCUCUAGUUGCCGAACACACCAUGUCCGAUUCCCAGGAGCAGCUGAUAUCUAGUGAAAACACGGAAGUCGAUAAGCAAGCUGAAGAAGACCGAAAACUUCGUCGUCUUAAUCGUCGUAAAGCACUGGCUUUAGAACGAAGUCCUCUUCCUGUUCCGAAGCUUGGGAGAGUCCUAUUAUCUGCCAAUAGUACGAUUGACCUGACAAAUGAAGAUGAUGACCCAAGUAACAAAUGGUUCAAAAAGACGUUUAAUGCUGAAAAAAUUCCGAAAUUGGCAAAAAGUCCGGAAGAAGCUAAAUUAUUCGCCGUUCCUCGAAAAAUAUCGAAGAACGCACCCAAGAGCCUUCUGACCAGCGAGACUUUAAAAAAGAAGCUUCAAGCUUCGAUGUCAGCGAAGCGACGGAAAGAACAAGAGCAACGUCGGAAAAUGUAUGAAGAGGAUAAUGAACAUCUGAAGGCUGGCAGUGAUGAAGAAGAGGAAGAAGAUGUCGUUUUUAAAAAAAAGAAGGGAAAGAAACCUGUGAAUGAAGAAGAAUAUAAAAGCGAAGAUGAUGAAGACUAUGAACCUGAAAAUAGCGGAGAAGAAGAUUCAGAUGAGAAGAAUAAUGGCCGAGCCGACGAUGAAAUGAGUGUGAACUUGUUGAAUGACUCGUUUACUUACGAUGUUUUCAAUAAUGUGAAGAGAUCAGGACCUGGAUCAACUGUUUCAAAUUUCGACUCGCGUUCCGAAGCAGAUGUUGUUGAAAAAAAUGGAGUAGUUCAACUGCCGACAAUGACGGAAAUUACUGGCGGAUCCAACGAUAUUCUCAAUUUGUGCCCUGGAAGUUUUGGAGUUUCACAGUCUGCUGGUUUUCCAGACACUUUGCAAAUGUUGAUAGAAGAAGACACGACUGAAAGAAAAAUAAAUCUGCCACAAAACUCGACGUCCGUGUCGUCAGACAAGCCCCGCUUGGAAGAAUCUGAAUCUGAAGACGAAGACGAUGUUGGUGUGAAGAGGAGACUUCCGGCAGUGAAAAAUCAUCGAGUUUUGGAUUCGGACGAAGAAGAUGACGUCAUCGAGGAGACAUUGCCAAGCCAAGACGUUUUUGGAUCGGGAACUUUGGAAGAUUCCGAAACUAUCAAAGAAAUUUGCGAAAAAUCUGGUGAAUUCACUGAAAAGAUAGAAACAGUUUUAGAAGAAAAAACCGAGCUGAAAAGAGUUGUUCUGAGUGAUGGUGAAGAUAGUGAUGAAGAAGCUGAAGAAGCUGAAGAAGAAGGUGAUGAUGAAGAAGAACCAGAGGAAGAUGACAUCGAGAGUGAGAAUGAUGAAGCUGAAACCGAAGGAGUAGAAGCUCCGGAUCCAAAUUUCGACGAUGAAGACGAUGAAUUAGCUAUCUUGAAACGUUUGCAACACCAAGAAUACAAACAAAAAAUCAAAAAGAGAACACUUUUUGAUGAUGAAGCUUCACUUUCCGGUGAUGAUGUUGGAAGUGAUCUAGAAGAUGAAGAAGGCAUGGAAAACGUUUAUGAAGCAGAAGAAGGAGAUGCAGAUGAUGUUCCCGAUAAUGAUACUAUUCGGAGGCAGAAUCAUAAGUUGUUGCUGAAACAGGAAAACGAUAAGGAACAAAGAGAGCUUGCAAAACUUCAAGACCGUCUACUUGCCGACGGAGAUCUCGGUGGAGUUGAGACGAAUCGUCAAUUCCGUUUCAAGUUACGAGAAGAAGUUCAAAUUCAAAUGGGAGAUGAUGUAGAUGGAAAUGAUGGUGAUGGAGAAGAUGAUGAACCAGAAGAAGAUGAACAAAAAAAGAAGGAACGAGCCGAAAUGAUCAAGUUCAAAUAUGAACAUGCGGAAGAAUUGAUGUUGCUCGAUGAGCCGAAACAAGGCGAUGAUAUGUUUGCUCGCGCCGGAAAGUUAUUCAAGAAAACUGAAAAAACUGUAAUCGAAUUCUCCGAAGAAACAAUGUUCAAACCGAGACUCAGCAAGCCAUCUCUACUGUCAAAAACCACUCUUGCUGUCACAUUUCAAGAAGUUCUGAAUGGACCUGGAGGUGCAGCAAAACAGAUGUAUGUGCAAAGCUUUGAGAAGCCAACUCCUCUCUCAACUGGACAUAUAAGUUCACCGUCGUCUCGAUUGAGCACAGGAAAACGAUUGCUGAAAUCGCCAGAAUCGUCAGCAUCUGCAAAACGUGUCAGAUCUAGUAAACUUAGCUCUUUGGAAUAAUUUUUCUAUUGCUUUUUUUUUGUGAAUUACAGUUAUUACCCCUCAAAACCUCUGACAUAUCUGUAUUUUGUUCUCACUUAUCUGUGGAUUUUAUUUCUCUAUUUUAUGACUGGUUGUGUUAUUUUUAAACAAAAAGAUCUUGUAUUUUAUAAGAUUUUAAAAUUGUUUUUAAAAGAAGUUUGAAUACUUU